UUUGUACAUUGUUACAGAUUGGAAAAAGACAAACGCGGAGUAAUCGACACAAAGAGUCUAAAUAAAGUGAGUAAACAGACAAAAAUGAAGACUGCAACGUAUCUACUGGUGCUGUGCGCGUCGCUGGUCGCCGUGAUGGCUGCGCCGGCGCCGGAACCUGAACCGGCGGCGAACCCGCAGCCGGAAGCGAACCCGCAACCGAACCCGGACGAUCGGCCGGAGAUCAUCGAAAUCAUCGCCCCAGCAGCCAGCGCACAGGAGACGUUAGCAACGCUGAACCUCGGUGCUCCUGGCUCCGAACUGAGUGAAAGAAACAAACGGACGAUCGGCAUCUUAAGACAACUAUUUCCCACAUUAACGCAGAGCGCGGUCGCUGAUGAGAACCAACUCCUUUCUGGAGCAGAAUCUCAACAAGCCGAAGUGCGGGUAGCGUUUGGUGAAGGUCAAAGUCAAGAUCAGCAAGUAGCGGCCAGUGAAGACCAACAGGCUAAUUCGGCAACUAUUGAUGAAAUUACCCUUGAUGAUGCUGACAACAGCGAAGAAAACAGGAACAAACGAUUUCUGAGCUUCGGAGGCCAAGGAGGAGCCUCCGGCGGCGGUUCUGGUAACUUCCUAUUCGACAUCGUCAGGCUCGUAGCUGGUUCGUCAUCGGGCUCGUCGGGUGGUGACGCAGCAGCCGCCGACGGUGACGACGCUGGCGCCGCCAAGGGCGACAACCUCACCGAGGGCGUGCCCGGCCCCAUCACCCGGCUCUUCAUCAUUGCCAACCGCGGCAUCGCUAACCUCAUCCAAGACCUAAUCCUCCGUAUCGCCCAGACCUCCGAAAGAAUAGUCAACUUCAAGGCGCGACUCAUCACCUCCAUCAUAUAACGCGCCUGCGUGUAGAACAAUAUUUUAGUUUAGACUGUAGAGUAGGAGGAUCUGGAAAUGGGUGGACGUGACUAUGUCGACACUGUGAGUGUCUCUUGUAUUGGUAAUGUUUGUAAUUGGCUAAACGAUUUCUAAAGUAAGGUGCUUCAAAUUGUUUUAUUGUUGUGUGUUGAACAUAUUCAGUGCAGUCGCGUUAGCAUAUGUUAUCACUAAAAAAGUAGUUCCGAUGGCGUUUCUGUGUUCUAUAGCCAUUCGAAUGUUAAGAAGUGUAGUAAUAUCAUUUUUAAUAACAUUAUUGUAAUAGAAGAUUUAAUUUAUGCCAAGCCAUGUCCUCUCAUCUGUAGAACCAAUAAUAGUGAGUGCUACGCUGGCUGGCCCACCUGAUAAGUCGAAUUAAUUUCCUUUAGUUCAGACUUUAAUCGAAAGAUACUCAUUUAUGGAUUCGGAAGGUCUACAGCACAUGUCGUUUUCUAUUGUUAGAAAAAGAAAAAAUGUACUUUAAUUAAAAUAAUUUUAUGAGGCUUGUACAUAGACAUGUCGUGUAGACCGCCAGAUCCAUGAACGAUGUUCCUUUUGACAGGCCUAGGCCUUAAUAUAGUAGUGGCCCAGGUCAAGGGUUGGCCCGAGACGGCGGCGUGGCGCGGCCAGCGGGCCGCCCGGCGCCGCCGCCGUUCCUGCUCAAUGCUUUUUUUAUACAAUUGUGACAUUUUCGAUUCGUUUUUAUGUUUGUAAAUAUGUAUUAUAGCGGAAUUUUGUAUAAAAUAAACAACUACAUAGUUAAUUUAAAUGUUUGUAUUAUUUCAACCUCUCAGGGACAAGUCUUUGAUAAAGCAUUUAACGAACUUUCACAAACGCUUUAUUAGGUUUUCAUAUCUAAUAAUAUUGCAAUAUCGAUGUAUUUGUAAAACUUUUCAAUAUUUUUAAGGUCCUGUACCAAUAAAAAAAAACCCUUAUAAGAUCACUUCUUUGUCUG